AUGGCGCGGAGGGAGGACCACCUUGCUCGUCAGGUCAGUAGUGAGCGGAGCGACACGGUAACGGAGGUAACCUUUGAUAUUAACAGUAUCGUUGGGUUUGCAUCGAGCCUUACCGUGGCUAAGCAGGGGGUACGGUGGAACCCGACCCAGAUGGCUGUGUCUGAUCUCCAGUCCAGUCUCCACCUCGAUCCCCUGCCCGUGCAGUACCUGGAUCCCCAGGGCCGAUCCCACGGGGCUCUUCGCGCCGUCCACGAGACCCCGCACUACACCUUUGGACGGCUGACUGGGUUUGAGGAUAUUUCUCUUACUGUUUCCCCGGCUCUACCGGAAGGAGCAGCAGUCCAGCCGCCUCCGGGACCAGGACUUUCAGAUCUGGAUGGAUCAGGUCUUGUUGCCUGCGAUCUAUCGGCACCACGACGGGUCUCUCGUACAGCAUUAUCCCUCCAGCUUUGA